CAGUCAUUUCUGGCGUUGGAGCAAACAAUUUGCGAAAAAGUUAUUUGUCCGACUAAUACAAAGAUUAUAAGUGUAACUACGUUAGCGAUAAAAUCAUUAUUUCAAGUUGAUAAUAUAGUUGGUUGUUACAGAUUCUGGAUACCAAAAUAUUGAACUAAGCGGCAAGACAUACAAUGGCAUUAUCUACUGCAGGAGAAAAUAGGCCACCUAUUCUUCAUAUACUGGUUGUGGGAUUCCACCACAAAUUAGGCUGUCAGGUUGAGUUCUCAUAUCCACCGCUAAUACCAGACACAACGGGUAAAAAUGAAUGUCCAUCUGGUUGGAAAUAUUUGCCUACAUUAGCACUGCCCGAUGGUUCACAUAACUUUGCAGAGGACACAGUUUUCUUUAAUUUGCCUAGUCUAACUGAACCAACGGAGAGUGUGUAUGGCGUAUCGUGCUAUAGACAAAUACCAAUUGAGAAAUUAAAAAUUCGCACAGCAGAUAUGACACGAAGUACAGUGCAAAAAUCAAUUGUAGUACUCGCUCGGCUGCCUAUCUAUGGUUAUAUAGAGGUUAAACUCUCGUUAAUAGCGGAUGCAUUUUUUGAGAAAGGUGAUUUUUCUUGCACGGAACUACUAAUAAAAGCAUACCAACAACUCAAUGCCUGCUUAUUGGAUGAUGAAACCCAACGACCACUACGUAAUUUUUACGUUGGUUUGUCGUUACGUGAAAUCGUACUUCAAUGGCGCCAUAAGGUGCUCAUUCUUUUCAAAUUGUUCCUGUUGCAACGUCGAGUUGUGUGCUUUGGUUCACCCGUACGAGGCAUGUGUGUGCUGGUGUUAGGCAUCGCAUCAUUAAUACCACGUCUGCUGGAGAAAGGGUUUCAAGAGGUGGCUUGUGUGCGAACAUCACGACCAUUAUCACCAAUGCCGGAUUUCACCGAUUCUAUACACCAGGAGACAGCAGAAUUGAAGCAAGGUGAAGAAUAUGUAACUACUUUUGAGAAACAUGCCCAACAACCAACAACAAAAAUAGUAGAAGAAGUUUGUGAGAGUGAAGACGGUAACGGCGGUAGUGCCGCCGGUGACACAGCAGAUGAUUGCACUUUGGUAUCAUCUGCUAUAUCAGCAGCGAGCCAAGCGGCUACUGAUGACACAUCAACUAAUACAUCAUCGUCGCAGUCAACAAGAGAGCUCAACCGCCUUGAUUCUUUAGAGGGAGCCGGCGACAUAGGAAACAAACGGUUUGCACGCAGCGAUUCACUAACUCGAGAAGGCAGUGUUGAUACUUUGGCAUCAACGCUAUGCACCUUAUGCUCCAUAAACCCAGACGAAUAUCGCGCACCCAUUUCAAUUUUCGCCAGUGGUAAUCUAUUCUUGCCAUAUCUUUCGUUGCCAUAUAUGGAUUUACUUAGUGAUCCAUCUGUACUGAGCUAUGUCAUUGGCACUUCGAAUGUAUUGUUCCAACAGAAACGUCAACUUGCCGACGUGUUGGUGGACGUAGAAAAUGCCAAUAUAGAUGCGAUUGAUGGAGAAGUACGACGACAAUUGAUUUUAAGUACUGAGGAUUUACGAUUCAUGGACUAUAUGCUUAAACAUGUGCAAUCGCCGAAAGAGGACGCCGAGGGCAGCGAGCAUUGGAUACGUGAUCAAUUUCAAGGCUAUAUUCUAGCGCUGUUACGUACGGCAGUGUCCAGUGAUGUUACUACCAAAGACAACGAACACUUCAAUGCACAUUUUAUGCAGGCAUUUAAACGCACACAAUGUUUUCAAGAAUGGUACGAUGUGCGACCUGAAGCUGACUUUUUCGACGCCUUGCCCGCCGGACAUCCAUUUGCGGGUACACUUUCUGUAGCCGAUAUGAAGCUAAAAAUUGCACAAACAAUGCAAAACAGUGAAAGCGGUCGCAAAAUCAAUCAAGCCGUAAACACAACCAGUCGUGUAGUUGGAGUUGCACUUUCGCAGGCGAAGGGCACAUUCUCUACCUGGUGGUCCUCCAUCACUACACCUCCCACACAGGCUGCUGCCCCCGCCGAAGUUGGUGAUGGAGAGAACAGCACAGGGGUAUCGGCGAAACCCAGUAUGGAACAACAAUUGACGGAACAGCCACAAGAAAUCUCGAUUACAUUCCAAAAACACAUUGAAGAUUCAGAUCGCGUAAAUAUACGUAUUGAGGGCGAAAAGAAAAUGACCUGCCCUGGUAGUAAUACCAGCAGUAGCGGCAGUGAGAAACCUAUUGACAGUGCUGAAGAACUAGGCGAAGACGAAGAUGUUUUGGACAAUAAGAAUAUGAGUGGAGAGGCUGAUAGUCAAACAGAUAUUAGUGGGGCACAAUUGCAACAAGGCAUUGUCGAGAUUGGGCGGGAAGCUGAUGUGUUGAAUAAACCUAAAGCCGCACCUUUGCAAACCCCAACUUGCGGCACAGAUGUGGCUAAUGAGACACCACGAGACAAUGGUGAUGUAUUUAUUGUAUAAAUUCGUUAAGAAAAUAUAAAUUUUAAUUUGUUUAAUUUUUCCUAAAAUGUUUUCGUCGAUAUUUAUUUAUUAAUUUGAACUUAAUUUAUUAUUGUUAAAAAAAUUUUAGUUCUCAAGCGGAAAAUAGUUAGUUUAAAAGAUUUAAUUUAAAUUAAUACGACCCGCAUUAAACUCUACUGUAUAUCAUUUAUAUUAUAUUAUGUUAUUAAUAUAAUACAAUAUAUAUUUGUACUAGUUGCCAUAAGUUUGCGCCAAAGUACUUUCAAAGAUUAUUUUAAAUGCGCUCAAGUCAAAUUUAUGAAUUUCAUGCUCUUAAGAGGUUUACUUUAAUAAUAAGUGUGAUUUUGGGAUAAUUUUUCAGUGUGAGGUUUAAGUCAAAUGAUACAUGAGUAGAAAUUAAAAACGAUUAAAGACAAAAUGAAUUUCUGAGCAAGAGAUUUUGUUAAUUUAAAUUUUUGUAUACUUUUUCAUUUAUGCUAAGCUCUAAAUCGUCCUAUUUUAGAAAUGUAUAAGUAUAUUAAUCGGUAAAUAUUUGAAGCUGUUCCAAGUGCAAUUUAUAUUUAACAAACGAAUUAACAACCAAUGACCUUUGAAAUGAAGCUAUACAGAAAUUAAUUUGUAAACUGUGUGUGGCAAUAAAUAAAAA